AUGCCUUCCUUUUCGCAACUUCCCAUUGGUAUUAGAACUACGAUCGUAACACUCACAUGGUUCCCCGUUCUCUACACCUUUACUAACCACAUCUACCAACCAUUCCAAAUCAAUGGUAUGUCGAUGUCCCCCACUUUUAAUCCUAACACCUCAAAUACCUCUAAAGACAUUGUGCUAGUACAAAAAUUCAAUGUAAAAAAACCAGGUUCCUUAAAUAAAGGAGACAUAAUAUUGUUCCACAGCCCUUUGGAUCCGGAGAAACUUGUAACUAAGCGAAUCCAAGGAAUGCAGGGUGAGACAAUUAACACACAGUCUCCUCCAUACCCCAGACCAGAAGCAAGGAUUCCAAGAAACCAUUUGUGGGUUGAAGGUGACAACGCAUUCCACUCCAUAGAUUCAAACUCUUUUGGUGCGAUAAGUCAGGCGUUGGUGGUGGGGAAAGUCAUCGGAGUGAUAUGGCCAUUGGCUCGCUUCGGAGUGGAUCUAAGCUGA